UAAUAAACGAGUUAUUUAGUUACAUAUAUAAAUACGGUAAAAUACAUCUGUGAUUUAAUUUACAAGAUAAAAACAUGACUGAUGAAUAUGCUGCUGUGAAACGUGGAAAGUUAGUUCUUAAAGGAGACAAACCCAAAGCAAAAAAACGCAAGCACAAGAAGAAGGAUAAAUCGGAUGACUCCAAAGUUGAUGAGGAUUUACUAAAACAUGGAGGGUGGUGGCGGAUCGAUAAAGUCGAAGACAUAACAGGAUCUGUAUCAAUAGAAUUUGGGAAUAAUUGCUACGUAUCAGCAUUGGAUAAUGGGUUAUUUACAAUUGGAAGUCCUCAUGGUGAUGGUGAAGGGCCUUCCCCAGAAGAAAUCUUCACAGCUUUCCCUGCAGGAGAAAACAAAUUUGCUUUGAAAUCAGGGUAUGGAAAAUACUUGGGGGUUUCAAAGGAUGGAGUGGUGGUGGGCAGAUCUGAUGCAGUAGGGCCAAUGGAACAGUGGGAGCCUGUUUGGCAAGAUGGUAAAACUGCAAUACUGAGCUCCUUAAACAAAUUCAUGUCUGUAACGCCUGAUGAUGACAGUGUUAUAGCUAAGAGUGUCAGUGCCGGUGAGAAUGAGUACUGUAUAAUACGGAGUAAUAAAGCCAAGGAAGUAAAUAAAGCAGUGUUACCUGCAGAAGAAGAGGGCAACUUAAAUGAAGUUGAAGUUAAUUAUGUGAAAAAAUUCCAGAAGUUUCAAGACAAGAAAUUACGGUUGAAUGAUGGUAGUGUUACAGAGUUGAAACGUGCCAAAAUUGAGGGUAAUCUCCACGAGACACUGCUUGACAGGAGAAGUAAAAUGAAAGCUGAUAGAUAUUGUAAAUAGUAUUUUUUUAUAAAUUUCCAUUGUACAAAGAGUUCUAAAAAAAGCAGCCUCAAUUGAAUUGACCAAGGGUUGUACAGGGUUGGAUUUAAUUACAGUAGUAAUCUAUAAAAUCUCAUCAAAGCCAUUAAAAGAUAAUUCUAUAGUCUGAGAAAUACCUCAAUCUGAUCUCGCUGAAGGAUUAAUUAUGUGAAUUUAUUACAAUGCGGUGUCUAUGUUUAGUACAAAAUAAACAAUCCAUAUUCAUUU